AUCAUCUCUCUUUCAUUACUCCCACUACUGUUUUACUUCUUUUACUCUCUCUCUCUCUCUCUCUCCCUAUCUCAAAGACAACACUCUCUUUCACUUUAUUCUUAUAAAAAAAAAAAAUCCAGCUCGAACUGUGUAGUCUUUACUCAUUUCACGACCAUCUCGUCCUUCCUUUCUCUCUCUAAACGCAAACCCAUCUCUAGUUUUUAUUUUUAUAUACUGCUCAUUACUGCAAUGCCAAGUUUGGUCAUGGUAGAUCCACCAUUCUGAGCAAAACCCAUUAUUUCUAAGAUUAUUUCCACAAACAUGGGUGUUCUGGUUGAGUCUUGGUGUUUCUGCAAAGGUGUAGGAAAGUCUGAGAGAAUGAAAGCUACCAUUUUUACUAACAAAGCUUCUGCCAUGGCCAGAAUCUCUGACGGCACUGGCUUCUUGAUCCACCGGAAUCUCCUCUUGACCACUCAUGCUAAUCUUCCCUCUGUGACUUCUGCCGAGAGCUCCGAGAUCCGCCUCCAAAAUGGUGUCGCCGCCACUCUUGUUCCUCACAGGUUUUUCGUAACAAGUUCUGUUUUAGAUCUUACAAUUGUGGGUUUAGAUGCCAUGGAUGGAGAUUCAAAUGCCCAGGGGCAGCAGCCUCACUACUUGAAAACCUGUUCUAAACCAAAUCUGGAUCUGGGAAGUGUAGUUUACCUCUUAGGCUACACGGAGAAAAAGGAAUUAACAGUUGGUGAAGGAAAGGUAGUGAUUGCCACUGACAAUCUCAUAAAAUUGUCAACAGAAGGAGUAAUAUGGAGUCCUGGGUCUGCUGGAUUCGAUGUACAAGGCAAUCUUGCAUUCAUGAUCUGUGAUCCUAUGAAACUAGCCACAUCGCCAAAUACCAAGUCUUCCUCAACUUCAUCAUCAUCCUCAUUGUCGUGGAAGAAGGAUCUUCCUCUGCAAUUUGGUAUUCCUAUUCCCAUCAUCUGUGAUUGGUUAAACCAGCAUUGGGAGGGCAGCCUUGAUGAACUUAACAAACCAAAGUUGCCAAUCAUUCGAUUAAUGUCUGCGGGCCAGAGGAGUGAGCAUUCUUGUGCUUCAUUCACACUGCGUCAAGUAUUUAAGUCAACCGAAAAUGAUAAUGAUGGAACCUCUUCUUCAUCCAAUAUAAUCUCUAAAGCCAGGGAUCAAACUGGGCCAACCUGUUCUGCUCCAGCAAACAAUGCUGAAGGAGAAACCCUGACAAAUGAUUUGCAUUCAACCCAUGUGCAAGGAAUUCCAACUCCGGAAAUAUAUGAAUCACCCAAAUUAACUUCAGUUCCUGUUAGGAAGAAAGAAAGUGUACAAAUCCAGCUUUUAGAUAUUAAUUUCCCUCCAAGGAUUUCCAAAGCAGCAGUAGUGACACAGUCAGCCAAACGACUGCCACUUAGCUUCAAUGAUAAUUGUGUUAAUGAACUUCCUCCACAGAGCCCAUUGAGAGAAGACCAAAUCAAGCAUAAAGGUGUCACUAGUGCUGGUGCAGAUCCUGAGAUUUCCUCAACAGCUUCUGUAAAUGGGGUGCAAAGUGAGGUCCAGUCCAGUUCAUCUCCAAUAGAAGUUUCAGAGAUGCAGCAUGGGUAUAGCAGUGAGGGAGAGACUAUGUAUUCUGCAGAAACUGCCGAGAGUCGAAACUAUACAAGUCCUAGAGAGGGAAAGUUUCAGCAAGUGGGACGGAGCCAGAGUUGUGUAAUUUACAAUAGAUCGGGGAUUGUCCAAAGGAACUCAGUGGCUCGGAGAACAUUACUAGAAAAGCAGAGAAGCUUUAUCCAUGGAAGGAAGAUGUAUUCACAAGCGACAACUUCUCAAAGGAGUAACGACUACUAUAGCCCAACUGUAUCCUCAAUUAUGAAGAAGCGGAACAACUCAGAGCAGCCCAGCAGACCCCGGCAAAGUGCUGUUCAUUCUUCCCCAAGAUGGAUGUUUUAAUUGAUUCUUGAAAAGCGUGAUACCACAAAGAGGUCAACAAAAUUAUAGUGUUUUUAGUGUUUUAAUUAAUGCCCAUUUGAUUUUGCACUUCGGUAUAUACUGUAACUAAUUUGUUGUAACUGUGCAGAAACCUAUUCAAGGUGAAUAAGAAAAUUCAGCCAUGUUACUAGUAA